AUGGGUCAUGCGCACAAGCAUCGGCUCUGAGAGCCGGCUCUUUGUAGUGAAUCAGAAGAGCCGGCUCGCAUCGAGUGAGAGCCGGCUCCCAGUUUUUUGCCCAUUCGCUGCUUAGGUUUCACUUUCACAGAGGUCUGUUAUGAUUGGCCAGCAUGGCGACCAGCAUGCGGCAUUCACGUGAGAAUUAAGGAUGUGUAAACAGAGAGGGGGCGGGGCAGACACACCACUUGACUCCACUGCAAGUGAAGAGAGAGACAGAGCGGACUGAGGAGCGUGUGUGCGUCUUGCAUUGUCGUGUCGUUUAACUAUGAGUGACACUAGAAAGCGAAGCAGCAUCUGGCUGCAGUUUAAAGAUAUUGGGAACAAGAAAGCAGAGUGCCUUCACUGCAAAACGAAGGUCACUAUAAGAGCAGGUUCCACCACAAACCUGCAUAGACAUACAAGAACUGUCCAUCCUACAGUGCAGUUAGAGGAGAGAGGGCAAGCCAGCUCACCAUCUACUGAUCCUGGUGUGUCUCAUACCAGAACAACAGCUGCUGUAACGUCUACUGCCAUCCCCAUGCGUGCAAGUAUAACCUCUCCUACUGCAACUCAAAGCAAAAUAAGUCAGUUUUUACCUAAACUGAUGACCCCAGCCAAACAGCACAGUAUUGAUGAUGAGUUGGCUAAAAUGGUAGCUUCUGAUUUUCAACCCUUUUCCAUUGUGGAGGACAAAGGAAUGAAAAACUUUGUCAAAGCCCUAAAUCCCACAUACACUCUACCCAGUAGAAAAACACUUUCCCAAACAAUGAUCCCAAAACUAUAUGACACAGAACGUGCAUUAUGGCAAGAAAGGGUGACAAAAGCUCCAUCAGUUUGCCUGACAACUGACUGCUGGACCUCCAGAACAACCUGCUCUUUCAUGUCUGUCACUUGCCACUUUAUUGAAGAUUACAAGAUGACAUCUUGCCUUCUGGACUGCUUCGAGUUCACCGACAGACACACUGCAGAAAACUUGGCAGUGGAGCUACUAAGAGUGGCAAAAGAGUGGCAAGUAGAGGACAAAGUGGUGUGCUGUGUGAGUGAUAAUGCUGCAAACAUCACCAAAGCCAUAAAAGUUUUGAAGUGGACCCAUCACCCAUGUCUGGCGCAUACACUAAACCUGGUGGUUAGAGAUGCUCUGAAGGUGAUCAAAACAACCGUGGAUAAGGUGAAGGCUGUUGUGGAGUUUUUCCACAAAAGCACAGUAGCAGCACAGAAGCUAAAGUCCACACAGCGCCAAAUGGGGAUUCCUGAACUGAGGCCCAAACAAGAGUGUGCCACCAGGUGGAACUCAACAUUUGAUAUGUUGAAACGAAUGCUUGAAAUAAAAGAUGCCAUCAUCUCCACCCUGGCCCUCAUCAACGCAUCUAUUGAGCCAUUAAGCCAAGAGGAAUGGGAGCUGGUGAAAGAGGUCUGCGCCGUCCUGCAACCAUUCCAGGAGGUGACUGUGGAGAUAAGUGCAGACAGCUAUGUCACAGCCUCGAAAAUGCUCCUGCUUUGCAAAGGUCUGCAGCUGGUGACAGCCGAGAACCAAUGGACAGUAACUGUGCAGAAAGUGAAGGAAUUAGUUGCAGCUCUUUGUUCAGCCAUGGACCGCAAAUUUCUGCGGAUGGAGUACAACACUGUCCUUUCAGAAACUACCUUAUUGGAUCCAAGGUUUAAAAAACUUGCCUUCAGUGAUCGUAGAGCUGUUGAUGAAGCUCUUCAGAGGAUUAGUGCAGCAGCAGCAGCAAAAUGCACCCCCAGCAGCCAGCCAGCUCCACCAUUACAGGGCCAAGUGGAGGAGGAGCAGCAAACCUCUGCUGUUUGGAGGCUUUUUGAUGACAGAGCUACAGGAGAUGCUUCAAGGAGAAAUCCGACAGCUGAUGCUAUAAUGGAGGUGAGGAGCUACCUUGAGGAGCCCCUCAUCCAGAGAGCAGAAGACCCACUGAGCUGGUGGCAGGCCAAGGCCUCAGUCUUUCCACUCCUGGUGAAGGUGAUGGAGGGGAGACUAUGUAUUGUUGCCACAUCAGUUCCUUCUGAGAGAAUCUUCUCCAAAACAGGGCAGAUACUCACGGAGAGGCGAAAUCGUAUCAGGCCUAUCAGCCCAUCCAAGCUGAGGCAUCUGAUCUUCCUGAAUGCCAACCUGCCCUGAGGACUAAUGCUGUUUGCUGGAGUUUGGUUCUGGUUUUGAUUCUGUUCUGUGGAUUUGUUUGAAGUUUAUUGUUAAUUUGUGCAAUAAAAAAGUUUAAUUGAAAUAAACAAAUGUAAGAGUGGUUUUGUCACAGAAUAAAUGCACAGAAUUAGGCAUUAUAAGGUCUCUCAUAAAAACACUGAAAGCAAAAGGGUUUUCAACACAUAAACCAUGAUUUUUUUUCAAAGUUAAGGUAAAAUAUAGGCUACAAAAGAUCCUAAAUAAAGAGCCGUUCGGGAGUCGAAAGAGCCGGCUCUUCUUUGGGAGCCGAGUCAAAAGAGCCGGCUCUCAGAAAAGAGCCGAACUUCCCAUCAUUAGUUUACUGACCAAAAUCCAUUGAAUUAAUAUAAAGAAGUGUUAAUUAUUUGGCUUCAGAGAGCAAAGCGCAUGGAAGAAAGCAGUGAGAUAUGCAACAUAGUGUUGUUUCUGCAAAAUCUUCACUGCAAGAGUGCGGGGCGCUUCAUUUCAGUCACGCAGGGAUCAAUGUGAUUGGUCAAAAGACCAAAGUGGAGAAAAAAGAUCAGAAUUGGGCUGCCUGUGUAAACACAGCCUAAGUUUACUUGUCACAAACCAUUGCACUUGACUAGGCAGUGAUUGCUUCAGUAAAUUAAACCAAUCGCCUCCUAAACAAUUUGUGCUUCUAAUAUGUAAGCUUAUCAAAUCAAACGACUAUCAUUUGCUAAUUAUUGAAUUAGCUUGUGAUAGCUGUAUAUAUGAUGCUCCUGUUAAGCCAUAAUCAGAAAUUCUUCAACCAACCUUUAACAGUGUCUUAUAAACAUGUUUCCAGUUGCAGGUGGUUUGGAAAAAUAUUCUAUACACUUCUUGGACUGUGCAUGGAGGUUCCUUGACAUCUUAGCUGUCGGAGAUCUUGCAUUUCCCAACAUCUUUACAGGAACUAACGUAACAGUUAUUUAUAACGAGUAGAAGAGGAUGACAGCGCGUCACAGUGUAACCCAAUCAAAGAUUUACACACACGACACCAUUUAUCACUCGGUACAGAAAGUGGAUUUAAUAUGAUUCUGAACAUUUCCUUUUCGACCUGCAACUAGAAACAGGAGUUUGUGAAACACCGGUUCCUUCCAAAUUGAGAAUGAAGAAAGUAUCGUCAAGUAAAAUGUUGGUCGCAAUAUUAGGACCAUAAGCACGACCUCAGACACUAGCUUUAGAUUUGCUGCUGAGGUUCCAGUUCACAUGGCUACUAAUAUGUCAUUUCUGCCUUUGACAUACCACCAAGGGUUUAAAUACAUCUUAGAUUAGGUCUAAUCUAGACUUUCUAAAUCUAGGUUUAUAAUUGCACCACUUACAUUUUUUAACUGGAUUAGUUAAUCUGAGGUUAAAUCACUAAACUAAGAUUAGUGACACAUGUCAUAAUGGAUUCACCAUAGCAAUAUGUUCUAAUUCUAUGGAAACAAACUUGCACUGGUCAUUGCUAGCUAGCAAAGUGAGUUUUCACUUCAGGCUAAGGAAUAAAUUAAUAGCACUUUUUUGUCAAAUAAAUUAGCUGGCUAGUUGAGUUUAACAAACACGAUAAGCCACAGGUGCUAAAAUUGUUAAUCACACUGAAAAUAAAGCACAUACACUAAUAUUUGCAGAAUUUAAACCUCCUCCAGUGGUGGUUUAGAUUUAAUCCCAAAACUAAAUUUACAUUUGUAAUUUUUUUUUUUGGUUUAAAGUCUCAAUUAAAUCUUUCUAAACUAAGUUUAAGUAGGAUUAAUUUAAAAUAGGUUUAAAGUUUGGUGCAACAAGAUGAAUAGAUAAACCUUGAUUAAACCCAGUUUAAGAGUUAAUCCAUGUUGGUGCAACCCACCCUCAGUCUUGAUAUGUAAAUGCUGAUACUGUAUUGCACAUG